AUGGACGGUAGAGAGAUGGAUUUUUAUGAGGACUACGAGUCUCCAUUUGAUUUUAAUACAGGAGUAAACAAAAACUAUCUCUACCUGUCUCCCAGUGGAAAUACGUCCCCACCAGGAUCACCUACUCUUCAGAAGUUUGGUCUGCUGAGAACAGACCCAGUACCUGAGGAGGGAGAAGAUGUUGCCGCCACGAUCGGUGCUGCCGAGACUCUGACAGAGGAGGAGCGAGAGGAGCUGAGAAGAGAGCUUGCAAAGGUGGAAGAAGAAAUCCAGACUCUGUCUCAAGUGUUAGCAGCAAAAGAGAAGCACCUAGCGGAGAUCAAGCGGAAACUUGGGAUCAAUUCACUACAGGAACUAAAACAGAACAUUGCCAAAGGGUGGCAAGAUGUGACAGCUACAUCUGCGUACAAGAAGACCUCUGAAACCUUAUCUCAGGCCGGACAGAAGGCUUCAGCUGCUUUUUCGUCUGUUGGCUCUGUCAUCACCAAAAAGCUGGAAGAUGUGAAAUUGCAAGCCUUUUCACAUUCCUUUAGCAUACGCUCCAUUCAACACUCAAUUAGCAUGCCUGCUAUGAGAAACUCUCCAACUUUCAAAUCAUUUGAAGAAAAGGUCGAAAACUUAAAGUCUAAAGUCGGGGGAAACAAGCCUGCUGGUGGUGAUUUCGGCGAAGUCUUGAAUUCGACUGCAAGCGCUAGUGCCACCAGCACGGAGCCUCUUCCAGAGCAGACACAGGAGAGCCUGUGA